AUGGAGUGGCGCCGGACAUCCAAGCAGACCAGAAGUCCCAGGGUCUUGAUACAGCACUUGACUGAGAUGGGCAGGCUGGACAGGUCCGAGUCCAUUCUCGAUUUUUCCAAAAAAUUGGUCUCUGCUCAAAAAGACCUUCGAAAAUUCAAUGCCGACAUUAAAUUGGAUGUCGAGCAACAGAAAUUCUUCGAGUGCCGAUGGUGGUGUAUGAGCCUGGCGACCGCGGACAAAACCCAUUUCGCAGAGAGCGAUGUCUACGAUAUCGUGAGCGCAAACCUUCGAGAUUUGUUUGUGCACUGCCGCGACGGGGAUGAAUCUGUGCGUCGGUCCGCGCACCAUCUUAUUCUGAAAUAUGCAGCCUUUGGCAGCCAACCAUUUGUGCAGCAACUGACUUCGGAAGCCAUGCUGGGCUUGAUGGCAGACCUGCUACCAGAGCCCGCUGAACUUAGCAACGAGACUUCGUUCCAGGCAUUGCGGUGUUCACGCCCUCUUGAAUGGAUUAUUCGCGCACUGACGAAGCCUCAGCGUCAGAAGUGGGUGUCCUUGCUGGUCAGACUCCUCCAGGGUCAAAAUCAGAAGUCAUACCAGAGCACACUGAUUGAUCGCCUCACUCUCCUAUGGCGGGCUGAUGACGAUCCCAGACGAAGCUACGCAGAAGCAGACCAGCAGCUGCAGGCUUUGGAACAGCAUUCCAGCCGCGAUGUGAUGCUAGCGCUUUACAAACUCCGCAAGUGCUGA